AUGUCAUCCCAAUUCAAAUUGGGUUUAGGGUUCUGGGUUUUGAGUUCAAUUUGUUUCACAGUCCAAUCAAAGUGUUCUAGAGGCUGUGAUUUGGCCUUUGGUUCAUACUAUGUGUGGCCGCAAUCGAAUUUAACCUUCAUAGCCGAAGUUUCCAACGAAUCGAUCAACGAUAUUCUCAGUUACAACCGAGAAAUCCCAAAUCAAGACAGUGUUCAAUCCUACACCAGAAUUUACAUACCCUUUUCUUGUGAUUGUAUAAACGGGGAAUUCUUGGGGCAUGUGUUUAGGUACAAUGUUCGGUCCGGCGAUACGUAUAUUCGGGUUGCGGAAAAAUACUAUGCGAAUCUAACGACGGCGGAUUGGGUGGCGAGGUUUAACAGUUACGAUCCUAAUCGGAUUCCUGACACCAAUGCGACGCUUAAUGUGACGGUGAAUUGUUCGUGUGGGGAUAGUCGAGUUUCGAAGGAGUAUGGGUUGUUUGUCACGUACCCUUUAAGGCCUAAUGAGACUUUGGAGUCAAUUGUGGCGCAGACGAAUCUCACUGCGGAUGUUAUAAUGAGUUAUAAUCCCAAUUCGAAUUUUAGAGCCGGGAGUGGUCUGAUUUACAUUCCGGGCAAAGGAUUAUCAACUGGUGCCAUAGCUGGAGUUUCAGUUGCAUGUAUAGUAGUAGUGCUGUCAUUAGGAGGUUGCUUAUAUUUUGGAAUUUACAAGAACAAGAAGGUGCAGAACACUGUAAUGGUCUCAACAGCACCUGUAGGUCAAUCUCGUCAUGCUGCUCAUGCUUCUGGAGGUCCUGAAGCUGCGGGGUCCACUGGGUUUGCUGGUGCUUCUCCACGUCUUACUGGCAUAACUGUCGACAAAUCUGUGGAGUUCUCAUAUGAAGAGCUUGCGAAGGCUACUAAGGACUUUAGCAUUGCUAAUAAAAUUGGUCAAGGUGGCUUUGGUGCGGUUUACUAUGCCGAGCUCAGAGGCGAGAAAGCUGCAAUCAAGAAGAUGGAUAUGCAAGCAUCAAGAGAAUUUCUAGCCGAGUUAAAGGAAGUUUUUGACUGUCCUCUUGUAUGUGUUGUUUGCUAA